ACAGCAUCCCCUCCUCCCAUCUCUGCAGCUGCUGUUGGCCCUUGUACAUCUAAGGAGGACUUGACAUCCGUCUGCUUUCUACCGUCUUGCUCCAUUCGGGACUAACAUCAUGGGGAGAUUAGAUGCGCUCCGGCAGUUUAAUUUGAUCAAAUGGCUCAGAGAGGAGAGACAGUCGAGGAAACUGAUUCUCUUCAUUGUUUUCGUCGCUCUGCUCCUGGACAAUAUGCUGCUGACAGUAGUCGUUCCCAUCAUUCCCAGCUACCUGUACAAUCUGGAUGAGACAGCAGACGUGGCGUUGAAGAACAACACCCUGUCACAGCAGAAUCCUCCAGGAGCCUUCAACAGCAUCGUGUCCUUAUAUGACAACACCGUGAGGUUUUCAGGCUUAAACACCACAGCCAGGUCUACUGAUCUGGUCCCUACAGCAACCACUACUGCAGAGCCGCCACGGAACUCCUCCGACUGCCCCCAGUCCACCAGCAAGCUGCUCAAUGAGAAUGUCAAAGUGGGAAUGCUGUUUGCAUCCAAGGCCACUGUACAGCUUCUUACCAACCCCUUCAUAGGGCCACUCACAAACAGAAUAGGAUACCAGUUACCCAUAUUUGCUGGCUUCUGUAUCAUGUUCCUCUCUACUAUCAUGUUUGCCUUCUCAUCGAGCUACGCUCUGCUGUUUCUGGCCAGAUCGCUUCAAGGUGUGGGCUCCUCCUGCUCAUCUGUGGCCGGGAUGGGAAUGCUGGCUAGUGUCUACACAGAUGAUGAGGAGAGAGGUCACGCCAUUGGGAUCGCCUUGGGAGGUCUGGCAUUGGGAGUGUUAGUUGGACCCCCGUUCGGCAGUGUGAUGUAUGAGUUUGUUGGGAAGACUGCUCCUUUCCUCAUUCUGGCUUUCCUGGCUGUGUUUGAUGGAGCUCUGCAGCUCUUUGUUCUUCAGCCCACCAAGGUUGAACCAGAGAGUCAAAAGGGGACCCCACUGUUGACACUGAUGAAGGAUCCAUACAUUCUAAUCGCAGCAGGUGCCAUUUGUUUUGGAAAUAUGGCCAUAGCCAUGAUGGAGCCAACGCUGCCAAUCUGGAUGAUGGAGACUAUGUGUGCCAGGAAAUGGCAGCUAGGCGUUGCUUUCUUACCAGCGUCGAUCUCCUAUCUUAUUGGAACCAACAUCUUCGGCACGUUGGCACACAAGAUGGGGAGAUGGCUCUGUGCUCUUAUUGGGAUGACGGUGGUUGGAAUCAGUGUAAUAUGUGUUCCAUUUGCUACAGACAUCUACGGUCUUAUUGUUCCAAACUUUGGUGUUGGUUUUGCUAUCGGCAUGGUGGACUCCUCUAUGAUGCCUAUAAUGGGUUACCUGGUCGACCUGCGGCAUGUGUCUGUGUAUGGGAGCGUGUACGCCAUCGCUGAUGUGGCUUUCUGCAUGGGGUUUGCUUUAGGUCCAUCCAUCGGAGGGUCCAUAGCUGAGAGUAUUGGCUUCCCCUGGCUGAUGACCAUAAUUGGAAUCGUGGAUAUUUUCUUUGCUCCUCUUUGCCUCUUUCUCAGGAAUCCACCAGGACAAGAAGAAAAAAUUGCAAUUUUGAUGGACGCCAACUGUUCAAUGAAGACGAUGUCCUACUCCACACAAGGGACGUAUUAUCAGGGUGAAAACAUGGAUCCAGAAUAUGACGAUUACGAUUAACAGUACACCAGCGAUGCAGGAUAAUCCUUCAGAGGAUCUAUUUUGUUGUACAAAAAAAAAAGGGAACACAAGAAAAAAAAAAAUAGCAAUGAAACAACAGCCAAGAUAUUUCCAUGUGAAUGUCCUGCGUUCAGUCUUCACUGUUCAGUGUCUUCUUAGCAGUUGUACUGGAGCAAACCAAAGUUGUUCUUGAUCUGUGGUUGCAAGCGCAUCGUGUGAGAGAUAUUUUUUUAGCCAACAGCCUUAUUCAAUAGAGAGAUGUGUCAGAAAGCACUUUUUUUAGACAGUAGGAGGGUGCUGAGCAACAAGAAUUUGGUGUGUACAUUGGUAGUAUAUUGGGUAAUUGUGUGGUAUGUCAAGAAACUGUUGUUUGUGUAAAAUCCAUGGAGAUUUGUUGGUCCAGUCUAUGGUCCCUUGUUUGCGUUGAUACAGUUCCAAAAGUAAAUACCUAGGACUCCUUGAACCCAGCUGUUCUGCCUCAACUGCUUUGGGAAGUCAACACGUUUGAGAAUAUAAAAAAAUAUAAAUAUAUAUAAUAUAAUAUAUUAAAAAAGAGUAUCACUACAGAUAAAUGAUGACCUCUUAAUAAAAACAGAACCCACAUUUUUUUUUUUUUUUUUUGUCGAUUUAAGACACAAAGAUCAUUUUAAGCUGCUGUUUGUUUAAAGAACGCAUCAGCAAAUUCAUUAUAUUAAGACAACAGGUAUACAGUAUAUAUCCACACUGAGUUCAUCGGUAUGACAAUAGGCUCGUGUCAUACUCACCAAUCUGCUGCUCUGGGUGUGUGUUUCCAGUCCCUUCCACUUGGAUGUUUUCUCAGUCCAUGUUUAGAUCAGAAUUAACUGGGGAACGAAAACUAUUUCUGAAAAACAGAUUAAAAAAGAAAACGGUGAGUAUGACGUGGAACAUGAUACUGGAUUGAACAUGUCAGUGUUGUAGUAGGUGGCAAGUAAAUGAAUCCCUCCUACGGUCUUUACUAGUGACCAGCCUUUUUUGUUCAUACUGGCCACAGUUACAUCUAUUAACUGGGACGAGGCGAUUGAAUACUGGCUUUCAGAACUCAGAUAAAAAAAGAAAAAAAAACUGCUACUGAGAGACGAACCUUUUGCCCUGUGUCCAUGAAAAGCAUCAAAUCGUAUCCCGAACCUUUGGAAGAAACGUGUUCCACACCACAUACUCAUACUUGUACCUGAUCAAGUUUGGACCUGGCUGAUUUGAAUACACUGAAGCUUCCACACAACCUUACACCAUCUUCGCUGCAGGCCUCUCGUUGUUAGUUAUUUAUGUAUUUUGGCUUUGAUAUCAAAAUAUACAGCAAGACUUCCUAAACAGACACUGAUCCCAUGUAGCGAUGCAUGUCUUGAUGCAAUCUAAGUCUCACAGCUGUCUGCGAAAACCAGGGUCUCUUUUACAGAGAUAUGGUUUGACAAAAGUCAGUAAUGUCAAGAUUCAGUCAAUGAAGAACUGAGGUUCAGAACUGAACCUGAAGCAAAAGAUCUGCAGGGAUUUCGUUUGCCUGCAUGGAAGGAUCUGAUGGUCACAAUGAUUCACUUUAUAAUUAACUGACUCGCUUCAGAAUGUUGUGCUUGUUACUGAUGGUCUGACUGGGCCUUGAUAGGGCAGCAAACGGCUGAUGCGUUCUAUCAUCAUCUGUGGAUUAAAACCCUGGGCCACGCCUUAAUCAGUGAUGUCACCGCAGGUGUUUUAAUUAGCUGUCAAGACAACACGUCUCACUGUUUUGACAUGACAGAAAAACAUACAAGUGUAUUUUAUAAUAUUAACAACAACUACACUCUGGAGAUCCAGCUCCAGAGUUCCUCACUGAUUCUUACUGGGACACUAAGUGGAACUGAGGGUAGGAACACACAGGAAAUAGCGAGCCAGGUUGAGCCACAGGUUUCCCCUCCAACAACACCUGUAGUAUGAAGGAUAACCUUCCAUGUGGAGUCCCUCAUGAGAAGCAGAAUACCCAGCGCUGAGGCAAAGUUCAAAUACAUGAGCUGUGACUUUGAAAGGGUCAAAACCGCGGCAUCGUAACAAAUCACACCUGACAUCUUUUUCUUUUUUUUUUUUUUCUUUUUGUAAAUAAGUUGUAAUUUGCAGCCUGAUCAGAUGCGCCCUCUGCUCUGAUCUGAAUCCUGACUCAUACUUGGAGCAGUGGCCGCAGCAGUUAACUGCCUGUUGAUUGACAGCUGGAUGGAUGUACCCACCAUGGAGAGACUGGGGGAGGUGUCAGCGUUUCCUGGUGACCUUGCUGCUUACUGUGUGUUUCUGCCCUGAGCCAUCAUUAAUGCUAUUACUUACACCUGUGCUCCCUUUGCUAUGACAAGUCAGAUUGUCUGCUGUGGAAAGUCUCUGUUGUCACAUGUGACACGUGAGCUGUAGAGGAGUAUUUCUCUGUCAGUACACACUGUACAUACACUCCAUUCAUACUGGGUCGCAGCAAUGUGCAUGAAGGGGAUAGUUUUUCAUGCCUGUCUCAUAUCUGUGUUGAAUAAUACGUAUCUGGAGCCUGCAGCUGCUUAACUUAGCUUAGCUUAGCACAAAGACUGGAAGCAGAGGGAAACAGCUAACGUGGCUCUGUCCAAAUGUAACACAAUUCACAUACUACGCCCUCCUAAAAUGUAAAAAACAACAAUUAGUGGUUUUACAGAGGCCUGGACAGAGCUUGGCUAGCUGCUUCCCUGCAGCCUUAAUGCUAACCUAAGCUAAGCGAAUGGUACCAGCUACAUGUUUACCAUGUGCAGCGUGUAUGAGCGUGCUCUCAAUCUGAACAUCAGACACUCAGUAAGAAAGCCGGUAAAACAUAUUAACCAAAAAAAUGUCAAACCAUUCCUUAGAGUAAAGGAACCAUUACAGGAGACUCUGUGCAUCUGUCAUUCAAUGUUCGGACUAUUUACAGAUUCCUUGUGAAAAUGUAAAAUAUUAAAAUGUAUUUGUUGUUUCCACCACAGCCUCUCAAACAACCCCACUAUCUAACCUCACUGAGUAUCUGCUUCAUUGUUGUUCACUUUAACAUAUCUGACUGGAUUCAUUCGUAUUCAGAGGUUUUCUUUCAUGGACAAUCAGAACAAACUGUACAAACUGAUUUACUCACAUUGUAUCUACACUAUCUGUCAUAUUAGAUGUCUCUGAUCUCAAACAUAGUGUUUACUCAAGACUAAUGUCCACAUUGUAGAUCAGGGUAACACAGUUAAUGCCAUUGUUUACCUCUUGUUCUCAGUGAUUAAACGUU